GCAACCUCGUUCGCUCAUGCUUGGUAUUUCCAGGCAGUUCAUAGCUCAGCUUCUUACUUUAUGGUGUAGGAUCGCCGCUGCCCACAUCAAAUCAUGAAAGACACCACGCCUCCCAUUAUUUCGGCCAUUGCUGUAUCUAAGAGCCUCCUCCUAGAUUCGCUUCACGACCGUGUUACCGGUGUGCUGGUCGGAGCGGCCCUUGGCGAUGCCAUUGGCUUGUACACCGAGUUUCUCUCAGCGGAACACUCUGCUUUCUUCUACCCUGCUCGCCAGUUUAUCCUCGCCCCGGAUGGAUAUGAUGGUAAGGGACCGACACGCUUUCGCGUUGACACGCAUCGGAUGAAACAUCUCCCCGGCGAUUGGACUGACGACACCGACCAUGCGCUACUGCUCCUCCUCGCCGCUCUCCGCAACGUCGACGCUAGCAUCUCUGAUGCUGACCUCGUUGCCGCAACAACAGCAGACUUUCCCCCGCGUCUGAAGAUAUGGGUUGACUGUGGUUUGCGCGCUCUUGACAAGAUGCCCCUGGGUUUGGGAAAAGUAGUGGCUAGCGUGGUACGAUCGCAUACUUUCGUGACGGACCCCGAAGGUACCGCACGAAAGUGCUGGGAGUCAUCAGGCAAGCGCAGCGCAUCAAACGGUAGCCUAAUGCGCACGCACCCACUAGGGUUGCUGGCUUUGGCCCGUGAUGAAGAAGUGGCCUUUGCUUUAGGUGCGGCUGUCUCCAAGACUACCCACGCAGACCCUCGCUGUGUUAUUGCCUGUGCCAUUGGUUCGGCACUCAUCCGCGGCGUUGUCCGAGGAGACAUUGAUAAUAAUUCUGAUCUGGAUUCUGUAAUAACACGGGCUUUAGUAUGGUUCGCUACCCAGGAACAGCCUUCGCCCGGUUACAAAUUGGACGUGGCCGAACUAAAAAAGCACACAGAGGUUGAGGGCCUCGAUUCUUUAAAAUUGGAUGAUUCGCAGGGUAUGGGAUAUGUGUAUAAGACCUUGGGAGCCGGGGUAUUUCUUUUGCGGAGCGCCAUAAAGGUGAUUCGGGGUGGUAACCCUAGCUUCCGGGCGCGGCUCAGCCUAUUCGAGAACCUGAUCACUGAUCUUGUGAUGCAUGGCGGAGAUGCGGACACUAAUGCAUGCUUCGCUGGAGCUUUGGUCGGUGGCUACCUGGGAUUCAAAGCGCUUCCGCAACAUUGGUGGAACCAUCUGCGCCAUGGAGACUGGCUCAUCUCCAAGGCCGAGGCCUUGUGUCAGGUUCUAGGUAUCACAAGUGGCGACUACGACGCCAAGGAAGACAGUGACACUCUUCCAGAUGGCGGCCGAGGGAUCCUUAGCCAGGAACAGAUGGACGUUAGAUGGACACAUUUAAUGACGGAUGUGGAACAGCGACUGCGCCAACGAAAGGAGUCACUCAAAACAUUAGACGUGCCGAGCAUGCCAGCGUCAGAAGAGAAAAGUAGACGAUGGUUUCGGAGGAAAAGGGUCCCCUGAUAAUCGAUUUCCAUCGAUACAGAAGGAUCUCAUGUUGUGACGUUUGUCUUCGCCAGCUUAAAUAUGUUUUACGACGAGCAAUUACUCACCAUCUGUGCUCCUUCUAAGUAACUCAUAGAAAGUCCAUAUGCCUUGUAU